AUGGCGGACGUGGAAAUGAAAGAGGCGACCACUUCUGGCGCCUCUAAGGCGAAGGAGAUGUCCAAGGCCACAGAUGCCUCCAGUGAUGGCAAGAAAAAGUUCGAGGUCAAGAAGUGGAACGCUGUGGCUCUGUGGGCUUGGGACAUUGUUGUCGACAACUGUGCGAUUUGCCGCAACCAUAUCAUGGAUUUAUGCAUCGAAUGCCAGGCAAAUCAAGGUUCAUCUACGACGGAAGAGUGUACAGUAGCCUGGGGCAUCUGUAAUCACGCCUUCCACUUCCACUGUAUCUCACGAUGGCUGAAAACUCGCCAAGUCUGUCCCUUAGACAACAGAGACUGGGAGUUUCAAAAGUAUGGUCGGUAG